GUAGCGUUGUUAGACACGUGACAGCGCCAACAGCGCUUUUCAGUUUGUGUUUUGUCGUUUUCGGCGCUUCGGUAUAAAAUGGCGGCAAGUGCACAUGCUGAAUGAAGCCAGUGAGUGAAGCUGCUAAAACGUUUUGAAGCAGUCCAACCUGUGGAAUCGGUUUGUCGUUUGGCCUCGAUUCUGGACGAAAGAACAAAUUGCCAGGAGGGUAGUUGCUACACCUACCCGUUUGUGGCAUCCUUUGUCCCAAGGGUGCCAUGGCGUUGUCGCCGGUGCCCCCAAACAAGAUCUCUGACAUUGCGUUUCGGCCUGUUGCGUAUCCGGAGCAAGUUUGCCACACGGUCCCAGCGUACGUGAGCAGAGAUGGCUCAGUUGCUUGCAUCUGCCGGGGGCCACAGUUGGACCUCUACUCCACAAGAACUGGUUUCCUGGAGUGCGAGUUUAGGUUUAACAGUCCGAGCUCUCAGGCGGGCCCCUUCGUCUCGCUGCGCCACGGAAACCGCUCUUACAUGGUGGUGGCCAUCACGGGUGGUGCCGCCGGGCCCCUGCUGUGCAUCUCUUACUGUGGGACGGCUAGAGUGAUCCAGGCUAUCGCCAUGCCUGCUUCUGUCACAAAACUCGCUGCGGUGAGCGGUGGUCGUGUCGGAUCCAUGAGCGGCUGCGUAGCCGUGGCGACCUCCGAUGGACACGUUGCGCUCAUCGACUUGCGUCUCGGCUGCGACGGGUCAUCGUCGGAAGAGAAACCUGCCAGCCUGUCUCGACAAGAGGCGGUUGACGUUGGUCCAGCCUCGUCCUACCACAGGGCCUCGCAUCAUGGAUCCGUCUUUGUGUGCAGAGAUGUUGAAGUGAGCUUGCUCAAGUACAUCCCUCAGCUGGAUUGCCUGGCAGUUGGUCUUCAGGAAGGACGCGUCCAUCUCUGGAGCCUUGAGGACAAUGCUUUCCUGUUUUCUGUGAUUCCUCCCUCCAAUUCGCCUGCCAUAGCAGUGGCCCUGCAGGAGCCAGAAAACGAUCCUCGCUGCUUUUGCUACCUGUGGGUGAUCAACGGAGCAGACUCUGCAGUUGGGACCAACUGUAUUACAUCCUGCUUCAUGUAUGCAGUCAGCUUCACCAAGAAGCAAGCAAAUCCAGAGGGACGCUGCAUCUACCAGGGCUUCCAGUCGUGCCGCCAGGUCUUCGAGUACACGCUGAAUGCGGAGGUUGUCGGGCUUGACGAAGAGGCCUCCAGCUCUCUCCUCGUGUCCUGCCGCACGCUCCCCUCCACCAGAGUCACCGGUGACGUGCUAAAGCAGCAGGAGUACAUCGAAGACCUCAGGCUCUUGCUGUUGACCUGGCAGUUGUUUCGCGGUCACAGACUGCUGGGUACUUAUGUGUCUGUUUUUGACCUCAACCAGUGGUACCGAGCACUCAUGCCUGGAGCGUACCGGUGCAAUGCUCUCAAGCUGUGUCCCUACGUUGGUCUCCUCUCCCUGGAUGAAGCCGUGGCUGAGUGUGGCAGCAGACAAUUCCUGGACAUCCGAGUCAUUCCAUCGUCGGUGAAGAAGUUCCGCUCCCCAAACCCGCUGGUGGAACAGACUCACUUUCCAGCUUCGCUGGCCUUCGACUGCAUUUGCAUCACUCGAGAAGGUUCCAUUCUCGUGUCCUUCCUGGGAAUGCAGCGGCAGCUGCUGUAUGCCAUUCAGGAGCUGGGUCCCAGCUGUCUCUCCACCGCCAGAGAUCUCCUGGUGCGCUGCACUGCCGUCGGCCUCGUCAGCGAGGCAGCCCGCCGCUCUUCGCACCGCAGGAGCAACCCGGUGGCCCAAAAUGCCCUACUGUCCCUUGCACUGGAAUACAGGAUGGUCGGAUUCCUGCAAGCUUGCCUUCGCCACCGGACAGCCACGCCAGGAGACCAGAGCGGAGAGCCACUGCUACCGUUCAUGCUCAACUGGGUCUGGAACAGCGUCAAGGAGAUCAAGGAGUCCCUCGACACACUCUACGUACCACUUUUCGACUGCUCGGGUCGUGACAUGGAGGAAGGCAGCUUCCUCAUGGCAUCUCACCUGGGAGAGCUGUCGGUGCUGGCACCGCUCCUCGACCUUGGCCGAUGCCUGGCCAGCGGGGAUGUCGACGUCGAGUUAGUAGACUUGCGCCGAGAGGUGCUGUCGAUGGUGAAAAACCACGUGGAGGUCGUCCUUUUCCUCGUGGACUGCGAGCUUCUGCCUGAGCAGCGAUCGUCUGGUGCUCCAGCCUACCCCUGGCCAGUUUUGCGCGACUGGUACCAGCGGAGAAGGGAGGACUUUGGCUUGCCACUCCUGGUUGAUGUGCUCGUGGAAAAGGCGGGGAACUCUCUGCCCUGGGAUUCUGGAGACUACCCUCCACCGUCGGUGCAGCAAGCCCUCGAGGUGUACCUCUUGCGUGGGCUUGCGCCCUGGGCAGCAGAUGCCCUCUGCCUCUACUUUCUGCUGGAUGUGGCUUCGUUCCUCAAGGAGGAGCAUUCUCAGGUUGAGAAGAAGCUGGGACGAUUCCCAUUGGCCGUCGGAAUGAGUGCAGAUCUUCAGAGCUUUGUUGAGGCCAUUUGGAAGUUGGACCAUGGCUUCUAUAAGGACGGCGUGGAGUCCCUUCUGGAAGCCACCAGGCUGGCUGAGUCCCCGGUGUCCGCCUUCCUAAGCAAAAUUUGGCCCACGGUCCUGAGGCACCUGAUGGCUGCUGAAGAAUAUGCGCUGGCAAUGCGCUACAUGGGACGCCGCAACUUUUCCAUCGAGACCGUGGAUCACGUAGAGCUGCACCUGGAUGUCUGGUUGGCUAACGACCGGGUCGUGGAUGCUUUGGAGCUGGUCCGCGACCACGAGAAACUCUGCGGCAUGGAUCACCUGCUCAGGCGAAUCGUUGCCCUGGAGCACACAAUGGGUGACCAAGUGGCCAAAUCGCGGCUGGAGCUGAUGCUGCGGCUGCCCCUGUCGAGGAGCGAGGAGGAUGCCUUGAGCUCGUUCUUCCACGACCUUGGGCAGACCACCUGGCUGUGCCACCUCAUCGUCCACUUCGUCCAGGGCGGAAGGGUUGAGGCAGCAGUGCCCCUGGCCGACCGCCUCCGCGACGUCUUCCGUGGCUUCAAGGGGCACCAGUUUGCGGACUCUGAGGCUUACCAACAGGCUGAAGCUGUCCUGGAACUGGUGCAAGCCUUCCUGCGUGUUCGGCCGCUUUCCAAAACAAGUUACCAUCGGGCAGCGCCAUGUCCUACUGUCUCUGCAGGGGCACCACUGCAGGGCCCGAUCCCUACCAAGGUGGUCCACAAGGGCACCACACCAAGCCUGGCGUCCCGAACCAUGGCGCAGGUGGGGAAGGAGGCGGCCGGCGCAGACAAGCAUCCGCCGCCCAGGGGAAGGCAGGAGGUUGUGUUUCCUCGCUUCGUGCCUGCAACAAUUUCCACAUCCGGCCCAAGCACUCCUGUGUCCGCGUUGCACCUGACUAAGAGGCUCAGUCUGCAAAGUGGGUUGGAGGCCGACGCCCUGUCGCUGCUUCACACACCGCCCGUGAAGCCCUGGUCCCCUCCGGCCAUGGUGAAGGGGUCUUCCCUUGGGGGGGCUCGGACCAGCACUCCGGCCUCGAUCCUCAAGCCCCGCGUCUCCCUCGCCCGCCCCAUCGCCAUUCACGCGGAGACUCCUCCGACACCGCCGGCAUUGCCAACCGAGCCCUGCCCUACCCCAGAUGCCGCAACGCGCAGACUUCGGUUUGCCAUGUCCGACUCGUCGGCUUCGGACAACGGGCUCGACCUGGAGGAAACUCCGAUUGAUUCGUCAGCACCAGAGCAGCAGAGUGAUGCCAUCCGGAGUCGUGAGGAGUCUGUGGAACAAACGGUGACCAGUGACGAGUCGGCCAACUGCUCCUUUUUGACUGCCGCCGGUUCCGCCAGUGACGCCGAGUCCGGCACGGAACUCGAAGACGAAAGCCCAAGGCAAGUCUCUGCUUUCCACCCUCAAGCUCCGGAGCAAGGAGCACCCACAAGGCCGGGCCACAACAUUGGGGACAACACCCGCACGCCGUCUCCAUUACCGCACUUGUUUCCGGAGGGCACCCCCUUGGCAGAGGAAGUUGUCAAGGAGGACAUCGAAGAGGGUACAGAGCUUGCGGAGGAAGAGGGAUGUGCCGGCGGCAGCCCCGCCCCCGUCGGGCAACCUGAACCUUCGUCGAUUGGUCUUUCUGUGGAGGAGGCGGACGGCAGUGCGUGGGAUGCUGCCGUAGCGGAGACCUUCGAGCCAGAAGAGAGCGGGGAGUUGCAGUGGAGGGAUGAACCUGGGGACUGUACUGCACCCAGAACUCUGCAGAUCUCCAGCUUCAAAGUUGGAGUUUCCAUAGAGCCCACUGCUGUAGCAGACAGUGAACCGACGGCCGACAUAAUUUGCGUGGGGGUCUAUCCCGAGGGCACCGAUGCAAGCCUGGAUGGGUCUUGUUCUAUUCCCAUGCCCGAGGAGAGGGACGAAGAGGAGGACAUCGUGCUGAUACUCUCAGAUGACGAAUCGGAGCAAGCAAACGCGGACUUGGCAUCGACAGAGGAAAGUUGCGAGGACUCGGACGAAGAAGACGAACACGUUGAGCAGGAGAGCGAUCGGCAGGUGCCGCGUCUCGAUUCGGACGCGACCGGAACGACUUUGGAAGACAAGCGGAGUCUGGAUGCGAGCUCGGUCGCCACAGAAGAGAAACUAUCAUCUGCAUCCCAGCCAGAGACCCACGAUCAGGCGGCACAGACGGGUCAAAGUCUGGUCGGAGCUUCUUUCGGCACGGACCAAGGAGAGAGUGAAAGACACUGCGAUCGAGGACCCGGCUCAAAGAACGACGCGGAGGGAGUAAAAGGCGGAAGUCCCACUUCACUGACGAGCGCGGAGGAAGCCCACGUUCUUUCCGACGCGUCUGCCUGGACGGGACAUGCCCUACAGCCCGAGGAAAGGUCCGGCAACAUUCCAGAGCUCGGUGCUCACACGGAUGUUCAUUCAGCAGCAGAAAUGCCGACCGAGGAUUCAAGCUCCUCGGCCUCUUCAUCAAUGUCCGAUCCUCUCCUCAGGCGGGUAUUUCCGCAACAGGCAACUUCAGAGCAUCCCUCUCCCGUGGUGUCCUCGUACCUCCUUCGACGUUCCGUCAGAGAAGAGCAGGAGCACCCCAACGUUGCAGUCAGGACAAGGCGAAGCAGCGGACCGACUACGCCGGCAAGAAAGCCGAUCCAAGCCUCUCCGAAGUCGGCGCGGAGUACACGCCGCAGUGGAAGCGUCGACCCAUCGAGUAUGACCUCGAUGCGAAAGUUGAAAACUCCAAGCCCGGAGAAGGAGCAGUCUACUGCUUUCUCCAUCGCGAGGACAGACUCCGCACUUGGGAGGACGCAAACUCGAGGCGCCCGGCGGAGUUCAGAAUCGUCAACGCGCAAAGACCGAACCCCGAGCCCCCAGAAGGUCCCCGGUACCCCUAAGGGGAAAGCAGCGAGUCGAGCCAGUUCAAAAAACGAAGGAGCCACGGCCAGGGGAAGGGUCUCGCCAGCAAGGACUCGGAGGGGCGAGAGCUCCAGCCCUAAGGGCCGUGGCACAUUGAGGGCACUCGAAACACCCAGCCCAUUACCGCGACUGGCAAGGCUCAGUGUCUCUCCGCUGGAAAUCGAUUCCGAAGGCUCCACUGUUGCCGAGACCACGCGUCGGGUGGCUCAAACGCCCUCUCCAUCAAAAUUGAGACGUGGACAAACUUCUCCGAGGAAGGCCAGGACUCCAAGUCCGGCGGAAGGACCUCGGAGUCCUAAGCGUAAGCAAAGGAGGUCGUCUACGCCGAGCCUAGCGAAAGAGCCUCCAAGUCCCAACAAUAAGAGAGUGAGCUUGUCCGUUCUAAAAGACAACCAACCAACUGCAGCAGAGCCGAACUCGCCAGAGCGGUCGCCCACCCGCUUGCCAAAGCCACCGGUGAGAAGAAGCACUCGCUUGACACCAAGGAAACAGGCUCCCGAAGACUCAGCCGGCAGCCUAGAAGAAAUGCAAGUCAGGCUUCAGUCGGCCAGAAAAUCUGCAGGAGGGUCAAGCCGCAAGCUGCCGGUAAUCCUCGAAGACGAUGUUGUGGUGGAUAACGUGGCCGGGCAGCCAUCCACAAAAAGAUUGAGCUCUCCACACAAGAGCCUGCCUCGCAUUGCGACAGUCGAAGUUCCAAUGACGAGACUCCGAAGUCGACAGCUCUCUGGUGAUGCUGACAUGGAAGGUGCAGUGGCAGGCACUGCAAAGCGGAAGAUUGAGAGGGACGCAGAGCUGGCCACUCCAGCAGCCAAACUGCACAAGCCAGAUGCCCUUGCCAAGAAAGAUGCCCAAGCAGUAGGGCCCAGCUCUGGCCCUUUGUUCUCGCCGCCCCUAACACGGCGACGCUCCGCCCAGCGGUCGACAGCGGACGGGGCAACUCCCCUCGAACCGGCAACCUCUCGCAACUCAGCAGCCCAGCGGGACGCCGCAUCUGCAAGUUCGACUCUUUCAACAUCGGGUCGGAGCAGGGCCAGUCCUUCGGUACAAGCGGCAAGGAAGAGGGUGAAGAAGCUCGUUUGGAAGAAGCGGUCUCUCCGCGUACCAUUGUUGCCUCGCUCGAAACAGUCGUCGGCCAAGGGAGGUUCAGCGAAGCCUUAGUGUGCUAAGCUUCUUGUUUUGUAUAAAUUCAUUAUCUCAUUUAAAGCUUUUACAAAUUCUUGAAUGUAGAAAGGAUGAAUUUUUAUUUUUAAAAACUAUGUGUCAGUUCCACUAGCUUGCAUAUUUUGAAGAUUUUCUUAGGGACUUGGAAAGAAUGAUAACCAAAUGGAAUGUUUUUCGGUGCUGCAACUUUCAAGUGCAUUAGAAUUUGAAUUCCUCUUGUCAAAUGAUGUUGCAGACAGAGAUGAAACAAUUUCUUUUGUUCCAACACAUGUUUCCCAAAUCUUGCAUUAAAUGUCACUUUAGAUGAUUUUGUAGUUUCUGACCUCUCAGUCUGACAACCUUCUUCUGACAAAAUAGCCAUUCACCAAAGCCCCAUUCAACAAACUCAGUUUGUUGAAUGUCGAUUUCAUUGCUUCGGUAAAUGUCAAUUUCGUCUGAAGAGGUUUUUUUCCCCUGCCUUCUAUAACCGGUUAUGGCAUUGAUAAGUUCCUUUUUAGUUUUUAGGUACAAUUUUUUUUUAGAUAUUUCCCCACAGCUUUUUACUGUGUUUUCCUACUUUUUAAUGCAGUACAGUAGCUGUAAAAAGUAGCGAUGGUAUGCAAUUGUAUCUUUGUCCAGCAACUGUGCCCUGCAUGCACAAUAAAAAAAAAUACUAGUGGCA